UCCCUGGAAGAGAGCUUCCGCAAAUUUGCCAUCUAUGGUGACACCAAGGCUACGGGACAAGAAAUGAACGGGAAGAACUGGUCCAAGUUGUGCAAAGACUGCAAAAUCACCGACGGCAAACACGUCACUAACACCGACGUGGACAUUGUCUUCUCCAAGGUGAAAGCAAAGACAGCCCGUGUCAUCAACUACGAGGAGUUCAAGAAGGCGCUGGAGGAGCUGGCCCCCAAGAGAUUUAAGGACAAGAGCAAAGAGGAGGCGUACGAAGCCAUCUGCCAGCUGGUGGCAGGGAAGGAGCCUGCUAACGUGGGCGUCACAAAAGCCAACACGGUGGGGGCUGUGGAGAGGCUGACAGACACCUCCAAGUACACGGGUUCCCACAAGGAACGCUUCGACGAGAGCGGGAAGGGCAAGGGCAAGAGCGGGCGGGAGGACAUCGUGGACAACAGCGGCUACGUCAGUGCCUACAAGAACGCGGGCACCUAUGACGCCAAAGUGAAAAAGUAG